UGGAAGCUCCACAUAGAUUGAUACCCCACAUGCCUGCGCCCUAAUCGCGCCCUACCAAAGAUUAGAUCUACGUCUACCCCUCAUACAAUAUCUCUCUGUCUCUCUCUCUCUCUCUCUCUCUCUCCCCUUCUUCCUUCCUCCUGGUCAAUUCCUAUACAGCACUCUGAGAACCAGCCCUCGCCAUGAAAACCCUCUACAGAAACGGCCACUUCGUCACUCCCCAAUCCCCCAACCCAACAUGCAUGGUCACCGAGAACGACCGCAUAAUCUACCUGGGCGAGGAGUCCACCGCAACGACCCUCCACCCCGACAGCGAGAUCCACGAUCUGGGAGGUCGUAAAGUCCUCCCCGGCUUCAUUGACGGACACAUGCACCUGCUGCUCUUCGGCGCAAGCCUGUCCAAAAUCAACCUAGGGAACUGCACUUCUCUCUCCGACAUCCGCAGCACCAUCAAAGCCGCCGCCGCCGCCAACCCGACGGCCGCGCGGCUCUUCUGCCGCGGCUGGAUGCACUCCAUGACCAACGGCGAAGCCCUAGCCUCCAUGCUGGACGACCUCGACCCGCGCCCCAUCUUCAUCGACUCCAAGGACCUGCACUCCGCCUGGUGCAACUCCGCCGCUCUCGCCGAGCUCAAUGUCGCCCACACCCCCGACCCGGCCGGCGGUGUCAUCCACCGCGACGCCGCAGGCACCCCCACCGGCCUCCUCAGCGAAGCCGCCGCCGUGAACAUCGUCUGGCCGCACGUCGCCCAGGUCGCCUCCCUCGACGAGAAACUGCACUUCAUCCGCGCCGGCAUCCGCGAGUACACGCGCGCCGGCUACACGGGUGUCGUCGAGAUGGCCACGGACGAGAACCUGUGGAGCACCGUGCUGGCCCUCCGCGAACGCGAGGAGGUCAACAUCCGCCUGGCCGCGCACUGGAUCAUUUCCCCGAAGGAUGACGAGGAAGAGGUGCUGCGCCAGGUGGAUCGCGCCAUCGAGCUGCACAGCCUGUACAACGCGGCCACGAGCCCCGAUCUCCGCAUCGCAGGCAUCAAGGUCAUCUGUGACGGCGUCGUCGAUGCCUGCACGGCGGCCCUGACCGAGCCCUACGCGUCCAACGGGGACAACUGCGCCCCGCUCUGGGACGCCGAUAUCCUUAAGAAGGUGGUGCGCAAGGCGGACCGCGCGGGCCUGCAGUGCGCCCUCCAUGCGAUCGGCGACGCCACGGUCACGCUGGCCAUCGACGCCCUCGAGAGCGAGGGCACGCCCGGGUCCCGCCAUCGCAUCGAACACCUCGAGCUCACGGCGCCGCAGGACGCAAAAAGACUCGGCGACCUGGGCAUCACCGCCUCCGUGCAGCCCGUGCAUGCCGACCCGGCUAUCCUGCGCGCGUGGCCACGGUUGCUGGGGCCGGACCGGUGUGGCCGGGCGUUUGCCUACAAAGAUUUCUUGGACCAUGGGGCGCACCUGGCCAUUGGCACGGAUUCACCCACGGCGCCGCAUCUGCCGCUACGGAACUUGUAUACGGCCACGACGCGGCGCUCGGCGAGGGAGCCCGAGUCGCUGGAGACGGUGAAUGAGCAUUUCAAGCUGAGUUUGCUGGAGGCUAUUACGGCUGCUACCGCGGGGUCGGCGUAUAGUUGCUUUGCGGAUGGGUUCGCGGGGACGCUGGAGGUGGGCAAGAAGGCAGAUUUCGUGGUGGUCGAUAUGGCUUGGGAGGCGGAGCGGUUGUUGCAGGCGGAGGUGUGGGAGACGUGGUUUGAUGGAAGGCGGGUGUGGCGGAGGGAGUAGUUGCUUCUGUGUAUUCUGUACAUAUGUGUUGUAUAUAGAUAGCAUGGUGUGGGUGUUGUAUAAAUUUCGCAUGUAGGCUUGGUGGAGUUAU